CCUAACGUUUAACAAAACUUCAGAUUAUGAAAUAUGAACUUACCUGUCACCAAAACAAGACAUCUCACAUUGCCUAAUAUAUUUAGAGACGAACCGAGCCUUACACGGAAAGAAGGGCCCCAAUCAGACCACUACUGACAUGUUGAAUUGGCCAUCGUGGGUACCUUCCAACCCCGCACCCUUGACUUGGACGACGCUCUUGGUCCCAGCAGCCACGCUUUACUUUGCCUGGCGUUAUGUUCGGCCCAUUUCACCCAGCCGGCAAAAAGGCGUACGGCCGACCGACGAGCGCGUCGUCAUAGUAGGCGCCUCGAGCGGACUAGGUCGUGUCGUAGCGAAGCGCUACGCGGCUCGCGGCGCAAACGUAUGCGUCGUCGCGCGCCGCGCGGAACAGCUGGCGGCGUUGGCUGGGGAGUGCGGGGAGAAGUGCUUCUGGGUAGCGGCUGACUUCAGUGACGUCGGGGAUAUGGUGCGGGUGAGAGAGGAGCUCAUCGCGAAAUGGGGUGGCUUGGAUACCCUCUACGUGUGCGCUGGUGUCUCGGCCGUGCAGCCGGUCAUGAGUUUGGCUGGUGUAGGGCCGGGAGAAAUCGAUGACGCAGGUGAUGCUGGCAUACGGCAUGCUGUCGAUAUCGCCGCUCGCGCGACCCAGGGCAAUGUCUACGGGCCCCUUGUUGCGGCGUUGACGUUUAUUCCUAUGUUAUUACGAACCUCGGUUUCACCAUCUAUCCUUCUGAUAUCUUCUAUCGCUGCUCUAGUCCCGGCACCGACGCGUGCGCUGUACGCGGCAACCAAGGCAUCGUCUCUGCUCCUGUUCCAGUCACUCGCGAUCGAGCAUCCGAAGAUCGCCUUCACAUUCGUCCUGCCGGCGACUAUCCAGGGCAACUUCCGCGCGUCGGCUGUUGAUGCUGAUGCGACGGCACGGGAGGCGGGUCCGAAUCAGCGAGGGCUCAAACUAGACUACGUCGCGGAUAGGUGCGUUGACGCGGUGGAUCAGCAAGUGAGAGGCAACGUCGUGAUCCCUAAGUUUCCCUACGCCAUUGCCCAUCACUUAUAUUAUAUAUGGCCAUCUUUCAUCGAGAAGCAGGCGAGGAAGAAGUAUAACUUUGAAUCAUAGACUCCUUUCAAUAUUACUAUUCCUGAAUAUUCCUGACUAUUCAUAAGCGGGCGUAUCAUUAGGUACAACACGACUAAUAGGUUUAAGUUUGAUAUGUGUGUAUUAAUUUCUCUAGAAUAAUCAGGAAAUAUGAGGCAUAAUCGAGGCGUA